GACUCAGCGGGGCUGCGGACAGGAAACAGCUGAACGAGAACAACAAAGCCACGACGACGACACAAACAACAGAUGUGCGUCUAAAAUACACCUCUCAUAUCGGUGACAUCGUCGCUGGUGGGGACUUCUUGUGCCACUGAGUCGAGUCUGACACGAUUAGCGGAAGUUCAGUCAUUUCCAGAGAUCUGACAAUGGGACGUAUCUUCUUGGACCACAUCGGAGGGACACGCCUCUUCUCCUGUGCCAACUGUGACACCAUCCUGACUAAUCGGUCUGAGCUUAUCUCAACACGUUUCACAGGAGCCACGGGCCGAGCUUUCCUCUUCAAUAAGGUGGUGAACCUGCAGUACAGCGAGGUCCAGGACAGAGUGAUGCUCACCGGCAGGCACAUGGUGAGAGACGUCAGCUGCAAGAACUGCAACAGCAAGCUGGGCUGGAUCUAUGAGUUUGCUACUGAGGACAGUCAGCGGUACAAGGAGGGACGUGUCAUCCUGGAGAGGGCGCUGGUUCGGGAGAGCGAGGGCUUCGAGGAGCACGUCCCCUCAGACAACUCAUGAGCCCCCGAUGUUGGAUUAACUUGUGUGGGAAGGCUCACUCCUGUGUUACCCCCCCCCCCCCCUCUCCUCUAUCCCCUUUGCCUCUGUGCUGCAUAUCGCCACCUGCAGACUUAAUGAUUAGUGAAGUUUUGGCUGACCACCUUCCCCGACCCCACCCACCCCGUCCCCUCCCUAUUUUUGGCCUAUGACCUUAGACCUCUGCUGAUUAGAAGAUUGGCUUUGCUGGAUCUAUUCUUGCUGAAUAGGCUUUCCCAAAAUACUCCCUGACUUAUGUGUCACAGAACCGCUUUACGUGUUCACGCACGGUCACACACAAUUCUCACCGUCGCUGCACAAGGCAUGCUCCACACUUUUUGGUGUAAUAGUUAAAUACAUGCAUGAUAAUAGACAUCGUGCGUCACCCACUGGUUGUUUUGUUUAUUUAGAUUGCUGGACGCAUUAGAGAUGAGUACGUUCAUCAUCUACACAUCAUUGGCAAAGCAACCAGCCCAGUUCAACACCGCAGUGGAGGUGUCACUGCGUAUCUCUGUUGUGGAGUUUGUCUCAAGUGUAUUUUGUCAUCGGUGGUGAGCCCUGAACACAACUAAGACAACAAUACUUGUAAUUUCAGUUGCCUUUUUAUUAGCUGGUUUUGUAAUGAAUAGAAUAGCGUUUCAAAUCUCUGUUCUCAUCCAAAGGAUACUGCACAGAUUGAUGUCAUAUUUAAGUAUUCAUUGUUGUGUUUGAUGAUGUAGAUAAGUUUUAUCUAGAUUUGGUUCACUUGGUGUGCGGUUGUUUUCGAUUCACUUGAUAAUUUUGGAAUGAACACAAAGGGGCUUUUAUGUCCCGUUCUUGCAGUUCAAAGUGUGGAGUGAACCCCUGUACGGAAGAAAAAAAAUUGGAGAAUUAAUCCUACUGUUCUGCCAAUCAGCAUUUGUUACCAUGGAUUCUGUGCCUGCGUGCGUGUGUACCGUGUGUAGAGCAACGUGUCACUUUGGCGACACGUCAGGAACGUGGACCCUGCAGCCGUGUGUCUUCAGUUUGACGGAGCAGGAAUGUGUCUGAGGCACGAUCAUGGGUGACGAGCUAACAGAGCCUCUGAAGGAAAUAACCAGAACCACAAACACAAUAGCAUUUAGCAAACAGUCCUUUCUGUAACAGCACAGUGUUGGAUAUGACCACAAACCAAAAAAACACAUUUCAGUCGAGAUUGAGUGGGAUUUUUGAACUGUAUUCGUUUACAUUCGCGAAGCUGAUCCCUGAGGCGAAAAUGCUUUUGAGAUAGCGACCCCCUUCUCUUUUUUUAAUAAUCCUGGCACAUUGGUUCUACAAUGACUUGUUCCUUACAACACAAGAGCCAAACAAGCUUUGAUGAAGUGAUUAGUCUCUGAAUUUUUCUGACCAGGUCAGAGCCCGUAUUUUAUAUCGCUUGUGUACUGUGAGGAUUUCACAAUGUCACAAUUGUUAAAAAAUAAAUAUUCCCAGUUUUCAUGACAUAUGAGGUUAUUUUUGGACUGUAGCUGCAGCACAGCACCAUGGCCCUUUGUGCCGUGGUGAAUGCCUUCAGGUGUUACCAGAACGGUGCAGCCUUCACAAGUGACGCUGUUCGUGUUUCCGCUCGCCUUUGUGGAAACACGCACAAGGUUAUACGAGUGCAAGUUGUCAUUUCUUCAAAAAAAAAAAAAAACUUGAGUACAUAGAGAAAGCUUGACACUUUCCAUAUCAGCAAGUCAGUGCAGUGUACAGUCAAUGGCCAUGACACAAUAUAGAUAUCAUUUAUUGUUCACUUUUUUCAGCGUCUUAUUGAUAGGCCGACUGAUUUGAUUUGCUUUACUCUAUAUUAUUAUUAUUACUAUUUUAUUGACUGAUACAUUUACCUUAUUGUAUAUUUUCCUGAUUGGAUUGUUUUCUUGUAUGGUUAUAGCAAGAUUUUUUUUUUCUCUCUUAUGUGAUUUCUAAAUAAAGAUACAUUCUUGCUGGGUUAAAGUA